CAGGACGCUACUGCGGACUAGUGGGUUGUUGCUGAAUUAUUGCUGCUAAAUGACGUUGAUAUAGACGUCAUUUAAACAUUGAGAGGAUACGCAGCGUUUUCUAAAUAAUCCAAAUGGCGGUGACUAUGGAUCCUUUGUUUCUCGCAUGGAGCUACUUUCGGAGGCGUAAGUUUCAGCAGUGUUCCGACGUGUGCAGUAAGAUCCUGCAGGACAGUCCGUACGACCAGGCAGCGUGGAGCCUGAAGACACGCGCACUCACAGAGACGGUGUACAUCGAUGAGGUGGAUGUGGAUCAGGAGGGCAUCGCAGAGAUAAUGCUGGAUGAGAGUGCCAUAGCCCAAGUGGCCCGUCCUGGGACAUCACUGAGGAUACCGGGAACAAGUCAAGGAGGUGGACCUUCACCUGCAGUCAGGCCGGUGACUCAGUCCGGACGACCCAUCACAGGUUUCGUGCGUCCCAGCACGCAAUCUGGACGACCAGGAACCAUGGAGCAAGCCAUCAGAACGCCACGCACCGCUCAUACGGCCCGGCCAGUCAGUAGCUCCUCCGGGCGGUUUGUCCGUCUGGGAACGGCUUCUAUGCUGACUAAUCCAGAUGGACCAUUUAUAAACCUCUCUAGACUGAACUUGGCAAAGUACGCUCAGAAGCCCAAUCUGUCUAAGACAUUGUUUGAAUACAUCUUCCAUCACGAAAAUGACAUUAAAAACGCUUUAGAUCUGGCUGCCAUGGCCACUGAACAUGCUCAGUUCAAGGACUGGUGGUGGAAGGUCCAGCUGGGCAAGUGCUAUUACAGACUGGGGCUGUACCGCGAGGCCGAGAAACAGUUUAGGUCUGCCCUCAAUCACCAGGAAGUUGUUGACACUUACCUCUACCUGGCCAAGGUGUAUCAACGCCUGGAUCAGCCCAUAACAGCUCUGACGCUCUUCAAGCAAGGCCUGGACCACUUCCCUGGGGAGGUCACUCUCUUGACUGGGAUCGCUCGCAUUCACGAGGAGAUGAAUAACGUCACCUCGGCGACAGAAUACUACAAAGAUGUCCUGAAGCAGGACAACACCCACGUGGAGGCCAUCGCCUGCAUCGGCAGCAACCACUUCUACGGCGACCAGCCCGAGAUCGCCCUGCGCUUCUACAGGCGGCUCCUGCAAAUGGGUGUGUACAACUGCCAGCUGUACAACAACCUGGGCCUGUGCUGCUUCUACGCCCAGCAGUAUGACAUGACGCUGUCGUCUUUCGAGAGGGCUCUGUCUCUGGCGGCGAGUGACGAGGAAACGGCAGACGUUUGGUACAACCUGGGCCACGUGGCCGUGGGAAUUGGAGAUCUGACGCUGGCAUACCAGUGUUUCAAGCUGACCCUGGCCAACAAUAAUGACCAUGCUGAGGCCUACAACAACCUGGCCGUGCUGGAGCUGCGCAGGGGGCGAAUCGAACAGGCCAAAGCUUUUCUGCAAACGGCCUGUUCUAUCGCACCCCAUAUGUAUGAGCCACACUUCAACAUGGCCACUUUGUCAGAAAAGGUGGGAGACCUUCAAAGCAGCUACAUGGCAGCCCAGAAGUCAGAAGAUGCCUUCCCAGAACACGUGGACACCCAGCAGAUCCUGAAAAAUCUGCGCCAGCACUUUGCUGUGCUUUAAACCGCUCAUAUUUUUAGGUGUGUGCGUCAGAAUUUUGACCACAGUAGAUCAUCUGAAAUUCCGAGUGUGGUAGAAUAUGGUUCAUACCAACGAAUUUCAAGGAAUUUCCCAAAAGAGUACAUACCAUUUUCCGAUUAGAGAGAUCACGUACUUUAAAUACUCAGUCAUAUGAGUGAUGUCGCAUGGCAUCAGAGAGAG